AUGGAGCCGGUCAAGUCAACCAUGGAGACAAAAGAGUCAGCCGUGUCGUCCCCUACCCAGGCAGAGCACGAUACUGCUGUUGAUGGCAAACGUCCACCCCCCUUACUGGCUAAGAUCUUUGCUGUAUUUCUCAUCUCAUGCAUCAGCUUUGGCUCUCAUUGGAGCUCUGGAGUGACAGGGGCCAUGAAGAGCACCAUCAAAAAGCAAAUGCAUGUCUCCAACACUCAAUUUUCUCUGUUGGAGGCCAGUGAGGAUUUUAUGGCGACCGUGCUGUUGUUGAUCAGUGGAGUCAUUACGGAUCGAAUCGGCGGUGCAGAAAUGAUCAUUUAUGGCAAUGCCAUCUAUACAAUCGGAUCGAUCCUCGUUGCUGCAGCUACUACCGUGCGCUCAUUCAACUUCAUGAUCGGCGGUCGAGUCAUCCUAGCCCUUGGAGAUAUCGCAACACAGAUCGCCCAGUAUAAGAUGUUCUCUUCAUGGUUUCCCCCAAGCAAUGGAUUUGCUUCCACUCUUGGCUUUGAGUUAGCGGUUGGAAAGAUCGGGGGGUUUGUCGGCAAAUCCACUGCCAAUGUCAUUGCCAAGAAAACUGGAAACUUUGCUUGGGUCUUUUGGACCUCUGUCUUCAUGAACCUUUUCACCAAUGCUGCAACAGUCAUAUUCUGGUUCUUCAACCGCUACUGCAAUGUCCAUUACCGAGGAAGGCAGGAUACGGCUACCAAGGAAGUUCUGACUGAGAAGAACAAGAAGUUCGAACUUCAAAAAAUGUUCCAGCUCCCUUGGAUGUUCUGGACUGUCAUGGCAUUCUCGUUGUUCCAGACAUCCACUGCCUCGGUCUUUAGCCAGAAUGCAACCGAGCUGGCAGAGAAGCGCUUCAAUGUGGACUCAAUUACAGCAGGGUGGUACAGCUCUCUGUCACAAUAUGCAGUAUGCGUCUGUGGAAUCGGAAUGUUCCUCAGCAUGGUUCUGGUCAACUUCGCCGAGACCAGGUCUGGCACGGCCGCAUCGUUUGGAAUAUAUGCCAUUGCCGUUUCGUUUGGCCCAACUUCCAUCAUUGACAGCAUUCGCACAACCCUAUGGCAUCAAUCAGUCUUUGGAUCUGCUUAUGCCCUCAAGGUUACAAUGAACAAUGCGAUGAACAUCAUCAUCCGAAUCAUUACCGGAGCGCUGCAAGACGCUGACGACGACUCGUAUCGACGAGUAGUCCGCGUUUACCUUUUUCUCGCUGCAGCGUCUGUUGUUGUCGGCCUAGCGAUAUUGCUCGCGGCUGUGAUGACUGACAGCCUGGCGCCGCUCCAAUGGACGAGGAAACAACGGCUGACGUUAGGUCCAGAGCAUAUUAACAUGAUUCGUGAGCGGCACACAGUGACAUGCUAUGCUCGCAGCAAAUUGAUUUCUAUCUACUGCUUCUCGGCGCUCCUGUUACUGACGGUUGGGGGCUGGGUGGCUUACAUUUGGGGAGCGGUGACGGGGAAUAACUCAUAG